AUGCCAUGUGCCCAGAGGCGCUGGCUUGCAAACCUCUCCGUUGUGGCUCAGCUUCUUAGCUUGGGGGCCCUUUGCUCUGCGAGACAGCCGCAGCCAGGGCCGGUGCGCUUCCCCGACAGGAGGCAAGAGCAUUUCAUCAGGGCCCUACCAGAGUACCACGUGGUGGGUCCUGUUCGAGUAGACGCCAGUGGGCGUUUUCUGUCCUACGGUUUGCACCAUCCCGUCACCAACAGCAGGCGGAAGAGAGAUGUGGAAGGGCCAGAGGACCGGGUAUACUACCGAAUUUCACACGAGGAGAAGGAUCUGUUUUUUAACUUGACAAUCAACCAGGAAUUUCUUUCCAAAAACUACAUUGUGGAGAGGAGAUACGGGAACCUUUCCCAUGUCAAGAUGGUGGUCUCCUCGCCACCCCCCUGCCAUCUUCAGGGUACAGUUCUGCAGCAAGGCACAAAGAUGGGAACCGCAGCCCUCAGCGCCUGCCAUGGACUGACUGGAGUUUUCCAUCUGCCACACGGAGAUUUUUUUAUUGAGCCUGUCAAAAAGCAUCCACUGACUGAGGGAGAGUACCACCCACACAUCAUUUACAGGAGGCAGAGGAAGAAUGUGCCAGAGAUGAAGGCGCCAACCUGUGGAGUAAAGGAUAGUCUUGGCAUCUCCCAGAAGCAAGAGAAAUGGGAGAGGAACAGCUUGGCAAGCAGAAGUCUUUCUCGGCGUUCCAUCAGCAAAGAGAGGUGGGUGGAGACCCUGGUGGUGGCUGACACGAAGAUGAUUGAGUAUCACGGGAGCGAGAACGUGGAGUCCUAUAUCCUAACCAUCAUGAACAUGGUCACUGGGCUGUUUCAUAACCCAAGCAUUGGCAAUGCAGUUGACAUUGUUGUGGUUCGGCUCAUUCUGCUUGAAGAGGAAGAGCAAGGCCUGAAAAUAGUUCACCAUGCAGAGAAGACACUGUCCAGUUUUUGCAAGUGGCAGAAGAGCAUCAACCCCAAGAGCGACCUCAACCCCGCCCACCAUGAUGUGGCUGUCCUUCUCACCAGAAAGGACAUCUGUGCUGGUGUCAACCGCCCCUGCGAGACUCUGGGGCUGUCUCACCUCUCAGGAAUGUGCCAGCCUCACCGGAGCUGUAACAUCAACGAAGACUCUGGCCUUCCUCUGGCUUUCACAAUCGCCCAUGAGCUGGGACACAGCUUCGGCAUCCAGCACGACGGGAAGGAGAAUGACUGUGAGCCCGUGGGCAGGCACCUGUACAUAAUGUCCCGCCAGCUCCAGUACAACCCCACACCGCUGACGUGGUCCAAGUGCAGCAAGGAGUACAUCACCCGCUUCCUCGAUCGAGGCUUGGGGUUCUGUCUUGAUGACAUCCCCAAAAAGAAAGGCUUGAAGUCCAAGGUCAUUGCUCCUGGAGUCAUCUAUGAUGUUCAUCACCAGUGCCAGCUGCAGUAUGGCCCCAAUGCCACCUUCUGCCAGGAGGUAGAAAAUGUUUGCCAGACCCUGUGGUGCUCAGUGAAAGGCUUUUGUCGCUCUAAACUGGACGCAGCUGCUGACGGGACACGAUGUGGUGAGAAGAAGUGGUGUAUGUCAGGGAAGUGCAUCAUGGUGGGGAAGAAACCGGAGAGCAUUCCCGGAGGCUGGGGCCGCUGGUCGCCCUGGUCCCACUGCUCCAGGACCUGCGGGGCCGGAGUCCAGAGUGCAGAAAGACUCUGCAACAACCCUGAACCAAAGUUUGGAGGGAAAUACUGCACGGGGGAGAGGAAGCGCUACCGCCUGUGCAGCGUGCACCCCUGUCGGCCCGACGCCCCGACAUUUCGGCAAAUGCAGUGCAGUGAGUUUGACACUGUUCCCUACAAGAAUGAAUUCUACCGCUGGUUCCCAGUGUUCAAUCCAGCACAUCCUUGUGAACUCUACUGCCGACCCAUAGAUGGCCAGUUUUCUGAGAAAAUGCUGGAUGCUGUCAUUGAUGGUACCCCUUGCUUUGAAGGCGGCAACAGCAGAAAUGUCUGUAUUAAUGGCAUAUGUAAGACCGUGGGCUGUGACUACGAGAUUGACUCCAGUGCCACCGAGGAUCGCUGCGGAGUGUGUCUGGGGGAUGGCUCCGCCUGCCAGACCGUGAGGAAGGUGUUCAAGCAGAAGGAAGGAUCUGGUUAUGUCGACAUUGGACUGAUACCAAAGGGAGCAAGGGACAUACGGGUAAUGGAGAUUGAGGAAGCUGGAAACUUCCUGGCCAUCCGUAGUGAAGACCCUGAAAAGUAUUACCUCAAUGGAGGGUUUAUUAUCCAGUGGAAUGGGAACUACAAGCUGGCAGGGACCACCUUUCAGUAUGACAGAAAAGGAGACCUGGAGAAACUUAUGGCCACAGGACCCACCAAUGAGUCGGUGUGGAUCCAGCUUCUGUUCCAGGUGACCAACCCUGGCAUCAAGUAUGAGUACACAGUCCGGAAGGAUGGCCUUGACAAUGACGUGGGGCAGCUGAUGUACUUCUGGCAGUAUAGUCCCUGGACCGAGUGCAGCGUGACGUGCGGGAUGGGCAUCCGCCGCCAGACUGCCCAGUGCAUGAAGAAAGGCCAUGGGAUGGUGAAAGCUACCUUCUGUGACCCAGAAACACAGCCCAACGGGAGACAGAAGAAGUGCCAUGAGAGGGACUGCCCACCCAGGUGGUGGUCAGGUGAGUGGGAAGCAUGUUCAACAACAUGUGGCCCCUAUGGAGAGAAGAAACGAAUUGUGCUGUGCAUCCAGACCAUGGGCUCUGAUGAGCAGGCCCUCUCUGCUAAAGAUUGCCAACACUUGCUGAAGCCCAAGACCCUCAUUUCCUGCAACAGAGACAUCUUGUGUCCAUCCGACUGGACAGUAGGCAAUUGGAGUGAGUGUUCUGUUUCCUGUGGUGGUGGGGUGCGGACACGCAGUGUCACCUGUGCCAAGAACCACGAUGAGCCUUGUGAUGUGACAAGGAAACCCAACAGCCGAGCUCUCUGUGGCCUCCAGCAGUGCCCGUCUAGACGGAGAUUUCUGAAACCCCACAGAAGCAGAACUUCCACUGGGACAGAGCCACCCACAGCUGAGAAAGACCCUGCGCAGCCCAUGCCUCCAACGACAGCCAGCCCCAGCACACGGACCACAGCCGCACUGCCUCAGCCUGUGAGCACAAGUUCUGUGUCACCUCACGGUCCCACACCUACCACAGCCUUGGAUGGGAAACACUGGCAGAAUAGUUCAGCCCACACUGAAUUGGACCCCUAUUAUGCCAUGUCCACUGGAAGUACUUCCCAGCCCACCCUCUUUUCCUGGCCUGUCAGUAUCCUCCCCAAGGAAGAGGAGGCCAGCACGUCAGUCGCUGCUCCUACUGUAGAAGGAGAUCUUGUAGCCACCACAGUGACUGGCUCUCACUUGUCAUCUUCCAGCAACCCUGUGACCCGGCAGGCGACUCCGGGUUCUACUACUGUGACCAGAAAGCCCGAAAUAGAGAUCCACAGUGGCUCAGGAGAAGAUAGUGACCCACCUGAGAACACAACUGAAAGCAACUCUGUAACAUGGACCAAAAUCAGAGUACCUGCAGAUGAUGCUUCAGCAGAACUGCCACUGGCACCCCCGCCAACACCUCCUCUGAAAGGGGCCCCCUUGGGGCUGCCCUUCAGCACAGUGACACAGGGACUGCUACCCAGCCAGACUGCGACAGCCCCCGAGAGUGGUGCACCCAUAGCUGAGAGGCUGCUCACUGCAAAGCCAGCCAGUACCACAGUCCCUCUGGGAGGAGACCACAGGUCAGGGCCCUUGGAAAAGUCAGCAAUCCGUGACCCCCCAGAACUUCUGAGCAACAUGAACCUAACGCACAGGUCAGCACCAGUCCUGACUGAGGAGGAUGCAACAAGUCUGAUCGCUGAGGGGUUUCUGCUGAACGCCUCCAGCUACAGGCAGCUCCCAGCAAGCCACGGCCCUGCCCGCUGGGUCGCUGGGAACUGGAGUGAGUGCUCCACCACAUGUGGGCUGGGCACCUACUGGCGAAGCGUGGAGUGCAGCACCCGGCUGGAGUCCGACUGUGCUGCUCUGCAGAGGCCCGACCCAGCUAAGAGAUGCCACCUCCGCCCCUGUGCCAGCUGGAAAGUGGGAAACUGGAGCAAGUGCUCCAGAAACUGCAGUGGAGGCUUCCAGAUCCGAGAGAUCCAGUGCGUGGACAGCAAGGACCGCAGGGGCCUGAGGCCGUUUCACUGCCAGUUCCUGGCGGGUGCCCCUCCCCCGCUGAGCAAGAGCUGCAACCCGGAGCCCUGUGAGGAGUGGCAGGUGUCACCCUGGAGCCAGUGUUCCAGGUCCUGUGGGAGCGGAGUGCAGGAGAGAGGGGUUGCUUGUCCAGGAGGCCGCUGUGACUGGACACAAAGGCCCACGUCCAUCAUUCCCUGCAACAGGCAGCCCUGCUGUCGCUGGGCCACUGGUAACUGGAGCCUGUGCACGGCUUCCUGUGGAGGUGGCUCGCAGAAGAGGACUGUCCGUUGUGUCUCCUCCGAGGGCAAUCAAACCGAAGACGAAGACGGAUGCCUGUGUGACCAUGAGCCCAGACCUCCAGAAUUGCGAAAAUGCAGCCAGCAGGCCUGCAGGAGGAGUGCCGAUUUACUCUGCACCAAGGACAACUUGUCAGUUGGUUUCUGUCAGACACUAAAAACCAUGAAGAAAUGUUCUGUCCCCACCGUGAGAGCUCAGUGCUGCUUCUCGUGUUCCCAGACAGACGUCCAUACACAACGGCUGAGAAAACUGCCAUUGCUCAAGAACCCCAAAACACUUUGAGACUAGACGCCCCCCCCCCCGCCGCCUCCCACCAGAGACUGCAGCUGCCUGCUGACCAGGCUAUGUUCUAGUUUCAGGAACCACUUCAUCAAAGUUACAUGACAUCGAGGUUUUCAGGUCCAACUUUGGGUCAUAACAAACCAAAAUCCAUUGUGUUCCUUUACCCAAAAUCCAAAUUGUCACUCAUAGGAGUCCUGGGACUUAAUACUCACUGUUUCCUGCAAGGAAGGGGAACACUCCAGAAGAAUUGGGAAUCUCCUGGGAUCUGCUUCUGGGAAAGGUGCCAAAGUAGGCGAGUGUGUGACAUGAUGACGGUCCCCAACCCUUAAAGACAAAAACAGACCAAGUUUUCCCCAGGCUAUCUCAGGAGUAUCGGGAAACAGACACACGUAUUCAGGGGGUAGGUCAUUUUGUUUCUUUUCUGCAGAGAAAUCGUCCUUUUUUUCUUCCCUGGUUGGGGCCAGGGAAGAUGUUUAAAAUGUCAUGGAGAGCUUUGAGGAUUCUUUCUCUAGCUCAUCCAGAGAGAGGAUGUUUUCUCACCCAAAAUUCAGUUGGGGCAGGGAGAGAAUGUGCCAGCUAAGCCCCUCAAUCUACCCCAAAUCCACAUCUGGGCUGUUUAAACUUCUGUGUCUGCCUAGAGACAGCUGGCUAAAAGGAGCAAGGCUGAUGUUACCAGAUUGAAUAGACCAAUGAGAUUUGGGUUAGUGAUACAGAAGACAGUCCGUGAUGUCUUGAUAAUUUCUAUGAAAUCUCUUAAGCAGAUGAACAGAAAUCAGCUCCUUGCUGAUUAAGAAAGGGACUGUAGGCUCUCAUUCUUCCCGCUUCCCAGACAGAUGCCCAUUCCUUGGCAGAAGAGCAAAAUCAUCUUCCUGUCUCAUUUUCCCUCUCCAGAAUAUUCCCUGCCUAAGUUAUCAACUCAGAUUGGACCAUCAGUUUCCUGUUGGGGAUUUAUAUCCAACUCUAGAGCCAGUUUCUGACCUGCCAAUGGCCUUUACCUCCCCCAGGCUGGAAAAUGGAGCUCUAGAUUAAAAUACUUCAAAUAACCAGGUACAUUUAUUAAACACAAAAACUUAGUAUAGACUUCUAAUCUUGAGUCUAGAACUUACCAAAAUGAGGUCAAGAUGGCCUACUCCCCAGUGCACCCAGUAGUUACUUUUGAGGGUCUGUUUCCUUGGGGAGGAGGGGUUGUUCAGUCACAGGGGUCCAAAAAAGCUGAAAUGGAAGUUAGAAUGCUAAUCCUGGGUGUUGCCACUAUCCGUCAGGAGUCAUGGAGACCACAGUCAGACCAGUGAUUUCUGAGA